AUGAGAUUUUCAACAGCAGUACUUACUGCUAUUGCUUUCACUUUGGUUGCAUCUGCUCCACUUGAUUCCGCCGCUGUUGCUGCCACCACUACACUUGCGCUUCCAGCCACAGUUGCUGAACUGACUGAUAAACCAAUUGCUCAAGCUGUGGAUGUUGAACAACCAGAAGAAAAUGAAGAAAGAGGAAAAGAAGACUUGACUGAAAAACCAACUCAAGAAGAGAUUGAGGUUUAUUUGGAAACCGAGGAAGAAGAGGAGGGGGGGCACGAGAAGAGAGAAGCCGAAGCCAAACCACACUGGACAAAGUACCAGAAGUACCAACCAUUGAAAAGAGAGGCAGAAGCAGAAGCAGAAGCCGAAGCUAAACCACACUGGACAAAGUACCAAAAGUACCAACCAUUGAAAAGAGAGGCAGAAGCAGAUGCCGAAGCAGAGGCGGAAGCUAAACCACAUUGGACAAAAUAUCAAAAGUACCAACCAUUGAAAAGAGAGGCAGAUGCCGAAGCAGAAGCCGAAGCUAAACCACACUGGACAAAGUACCAGAAGUACCAACCAUUGAAAAGAGAGGCAGAAGCAGAAGCAGAAGCCGAAGCUAAACCACACUGGACAAAGUACCAAAAGUACCAACCACUUUAA